AUGUCAAGCGGAGCUUACAAUCCCAGAAACGUGGCACCUGAUAAUUCUUUUGAAGCAAUUACUGAAAUAACCUCUAGUUUAAAGACGAAUCUCCACGUUGAUUUUCAAAACACUCCAUCCAAAGCCGUUCGGCAAAUGACCAUUGAAGAAGAAAGAAGCGGUGAAUACUUUCGGCAGGAACAAGUACUGGAAAUUUUACCAUCGAUGACCUACUUGGAGCAUUUGAGUGGCUUAAGGAUAUCCGAGCCCCCAUACCUUGUUCGGAAAACUGGAAUCAUUUGUACAAUUGGGCCUGUAAGUCGAAGCGUAAAACUGUUACAAGCGAUGAUACAGAAUGGAAUGAACAUUGCGCGGUUAAAUUUCAGUCAUGGAUCUCAUAAAUAUCAUGCGGAGACAAUCGCAAAUAUUCGUGAAGCUGCAGAAAGUUUCAGUGUUCCACGUAUAGUAGCCAUUGCUCUUGAUACAAAAGGACCCGAAAUACGCACUGGAAUCAUAAAAGGAGAUGAAAGAGCGGAAGUGGAGUUGGUGAAAGGAGCCACCGUCUGUAUCACCACCGAUCCAGCUUUUGAGAAUUGCUGCACAGCCAACUACAUAUACGUGGAUUACAAGAACAUCACCAAAGUUGUGCGAGUCGGUUCGAGAGUUUUCAUCGAUGAUGGUCUUCUGUCACUUAUAGUUGAAGAACUAGGCAAUGAUAGCCUUAUGUGCACUGUUGAGAACGGCGGUACUUUGGGAAGUAAAAAGGGUGUUAACCUUCCCAGCGUCAAAUCUGAUCUUCCACCAGUUUCUGAAAAAGAUGUGCAAGAUUUGAAGUUUGGUGUUGAACAGGGCAUUGACAUUGUCUUUGCUUCGUUUGUUAGAAAUGCAGAAGGAAUACGAGCCAUCAGGAACAUUCUAGGUGAACAAGGGAAGCAUAUCAAAGUUGUUGCAAAAAUUGAAAGUGAAGAGGGAGUCUCUAAUGCUGACGAGAUAAUAGAGGUAUCGGAUGGUGUUAUGGUUGCAAGAGGUGAUUUAGGCAUUGAAAUUCCACCAGAGAAGGUCUUCUUAGCUCAGAAAAAGUUAAUUGCGAAAUGUAAUAUGGCAGGAAAACCAGUAAUUUGUGCAACGCAAAUGCUCGAAUCAAUGAUAAGAAGACCAAGGCCAACAAGGGCGGAAGGCAGUGAUGUAGCGAACGCAGUUCUCGAUGGUGCAGAUUGUGUUAUGCUUAGCGGUGAGACUGCAAAAGGGGAAUAUCCACUAGAAGCACUAAAAAUAAUGCAUUUUGUUUGUCGAGAAGCCGAGUUAGCAACAUAUCGAGUAAAACAUUUUGAAGAGAUACUUCGGAUAACACCAAGACCAGCGUACACUGACGUAGCUCAUACUAUUGCUAUUGCAGCAACCUCAGCGGCCGUGUCCUGCCACGCUAGUGCUAUUCUACUGGUAACUACUACUGGACGCACCGCUGCUCUAGUUUCUCGAUAUCGGCCUCCUAUCCCAAUUUUUUCUAUUUCACGUAAAUCUUAUGUGGCGAGGCAAUUACACCUAUAUCGUGGUGUAUUUCCUCUGCACUAUCAAGGAAGUCGGUGUGAGGAUUGGCCUACCGACGUGGAUAGCCGAGUAAAUUAUGGUAUAUCUGUUGGAAAAGAACGAGGUUUUAUCCACAAGGGCGAUUUGUUAGUUGUAAUUACCGGAUGGAGACAAGGUUUUUGGUUUGUUCAUCUUUAUUUAGGCACUCCCCUAUUCUCGCCAGCAGCAGUAGGACAUUCUAUUUUUAUCACUGAAAAUUUCUUAUCCAUUUUAUUUAACUAA